AUGCACUUUCAGCGCGUCCCUGCUAGAAGUGCCGCCGGCUCGUCCACGCCCGUCUGGGCUGCCGCCACCACGCCCGUGGGGGUGCGCGACUGCCCACUGCACCGCCCGCUCUCCCGCUGCUUCCCUCGCCUGCUUGAGUUCCACGUCGGUGUCAUCGUCGGCAGAGACGAUGACGAGGACACUGAAGAUGUGGCUGAGCAGGUCCUUGAAAGCCUCCAGCCGCACACCAACCUCCAAGAGCUCACAAUUAGAGGCUACGAAGGUAGCGCGUUUCCAGAUUGGAUGCAGGGUUCUUCUUCUCUACCUAGUUUGGUCACGCUGACACUCGAUGGCUGCUGCAACUGCACCCGAUUCCCCACCAUCGCCCAGCUGCCAUCACUCAAGUUCCUGAGCGUACGGAAGAUGUACGACGUGAAGAGGCUAACCAGCAACACACAUGGCACGACCAAGUUCCCAUCUCUGGAGCUGCUAAACCUGUGGGAGAUGUACGGUCUAGAAGAGUUGUUCGAAGCAUCCGAAGGCGACUGCCCUCGCCUGCGCAAAGUCUGCAUCAGCAGGUGCCCGGACCUGAAGAGGCUGCCCUGUGCCCCUUCUUUGACCGAGCUCGUUCUCCACUGCGGCCACCAGCUCCCCGACAUCCCGGAGCUCGCGUCCCUGGUGUCGCUGAAAAUCGAAGGCUUCCACGGUGUCAAGUCGUUCAGCCUGCCGGCGUCCGCAGCGCUGCCGAUGCUCAAGAAGCUGGAGAUCAGGUCCUGCAAGGAGCUCUCGUCAGUGGAGGGGCCGUCGGCGCUGACCACCGUUCAGAGGCUUAAGGUAGCAGGGUGUCCCAAGCUUGUCCUGCCAAGAGCUGAUAGCCUGAGAUCCUGAAGGUAACAACCGGUAUUCAGUUCCUUCAUCAGUAGAAAAGUUCGGUGCUCGUUUCCAUUUUCUUUUGGAUUAUACGGCAGUGUCCUGCACUGUUGAUGUGGUGAUUGAUAUGACAAAUCUGUUCCAGCAAAAGAAGUGUAACAAAAAACUAAAAACAAUGACCAUUGUAAGGUUUGUGAUGGACUUUCCAAGUCUUAUUAUGCCAAAUAUAAAAUUAUAUGUACUAA